GUGUGUGUGUGUUGUGUGUGUGAGAGUGUGUGUGCGUGUGACUGUUUGCAUGUGUGUCUGAGAGUGCGUGUGUGUGAGUGUGUGUGUGAAUGAGUGUGUGACUGAGUGAGUGUGUGACUGUGUGUGAGCGUAAGGGUGAGUGUGUAUCAGUGAGAGUGUGUGUGUGUUGUGUGUGUGUGAGUGUGAGUGUGUGUGUGUGUGUGUACGUGUGAGUGUGAGGGCCAUUCUGCUCGUGCUGGUGAUGGUGGGGGCUGAAGUAGCCACCUCCAGCCAGAUCUCCUGCUGCCGCUGGCCGCUCAGAGGCUUCUGGCUCUCUCUCUCUCUCGCUCUCUCUCUCUCUCUCGCUCUCUCUGUUUCUGACAGUCAUACCGAGGGCACGUCAACACAAUGAACAUCCCUGGAUUACUAAAAAGCAAACUGAAAGGAGUGAGGAUCUCCCAUCACUGAGCUCAGGACUGGCUCCCUCUGACAGUGCCUUCAAUCUCUAUACAGCAGCUUGGCUUCUCCAGGUCCCUGCCUCUGGGAUCGAACAUGUCCCUACAGCAGUAGAUUCACAGGCUGCUCUCACAAGGAGAUCAAUCUUGCUGUUGUUGCCGAUUCACUGAUGUUGCCUGGUGUGCGAGAGUUUUCCAGAACAUUCUGCUGUUGUAGCGACGGGGUCUUGGCCCAGCCUGCUGCCGUGUGUCUGGGGGUUGCUGGGAAUGCACCAUGGAUCUGAAGAGAGGCUCAGAGAGCAGCAGUGAGAGCGUCCGACCCUCCAAUCUGGAAUUCUUUGCCAGUAGAUCCACUCUGCACGGGAUCAGCCACAUCUUUGCUUACGGCCCGAUGAGCAUCCGCAGGGUCUUGUGGAUCCUUUCCUUCCUGGGUUCCUUCAGCCUGCUGUCGCUGGUGUGUAUGGAGCGGGUCAGUUACUAUUUUGAGUAUCCCCAUGUAACCAAGCUGGAUGAGGUGUCGGCUGGGAACCUGACCUUCCCUGCUGUUACUAUCUGUAAUCUCAAUGAGUUCCGCUUCUCACAGAUCACCCAGAAUGACCUGUACCAUGUUGGCGAGUUCCUGGCAUUGCUCAACGAACGCUAUGAGAUCACCAAGCCCACACUGGCAGAGCCACACAUCUUGGCUGCUCUGAAGAAACUCGCCAACUUCCGCCACUUCAAGCCCAAACCGUUCAAUAUGUCCGACUUCUACAAUCGCACCGGCCACACCAUCCGUGACAUGCUGUUAAUGUGCACUUACCGCGGAGAGGACUGCACACACCACAACUUCACCACUAUUUUCACCCGAUAUGGAAAAUGCUACACCUUCAACUCAGGGAAGGACGGGAGGCCCCUCCUCACCACAAUGAAGGGAGGCACAGGGAAUGGCCUGGAAGUGAUGCUGGACAUUCAGCAGGAUGAAUAUCUGCCAGUUUGGGAUAAGACAGAAGAAACAACCUUUGAGGCUGGCUUGAAGAUUCAGAUCCACACACAGGACGAGCCCCCGUACAUCCACGAGUUGGGGUUUGGAGUUGCUCCAGGUUUCCAGACAUUUGUGUCCACACAGGAGCAGCGGAUCAUGUAUCUUCCUCCACCCUGGGGCGACUGCAGGAUGUCGAACAUAAACUCUGGGUUCUUCAGCACCUACAGUAUCACAGCGUGCAGGAUCGAUUGUGAGACGCGCUACCUCGUGGAGAACUGUAACUGCCGCAUGGUGCACAUGCCAGGGAAUGCGGACGUGUGCACACCAGAACAGUACAAGGACUGUGCUGACCCAGCCUUGGAGUUUCUAGUGGAGCAGGACAGUAAUUACUGUAUGUGUGAGACUCCCUGUAACGUGACUCGGUUUGGGAAAGAGAUUUCCAUGGUGAAGAUUCCCAGCAAAGCCUCGGCAAAAUUCCUCGCCAAGAAAUUUAACAAAACAGAGCAAUACAUCAUGGAGAACAUUCUGGUGUUGGACAUUUUCUUUGAGGCUCUGAACUAUGAGACCAUUGAACAGAAGAAGGCCUAUGAAGUUGCAGGAUUACUCGGUGACAUUGGGGGUCAGAUGGGUCUGUUUAUUGGAGCCAGUAUUUUAACCAUCUUGGAAAUUUUUGAUUAUUUGUAUGAGGUUUUUAAAGACAAGGUUUCUGGUAUUGUAAAACGCAAGAAAAGACCGAACAGAAGCCACAGUGACAAUCUGAGUACCUGCGAUACCCUGAGGAGCCACUCAGACAGCUUGGCCUUCACCCCCAACAUGCUGCCCCGGCACCCUGCACUGGGCAACUUUGAAGAGUUCGCCUGCUGACCUCAACAGGAGUUCGAGGGAGGCAGAAGAUGCAUGAGUGAGAAGGAGAGGGAGACUGGGCAGUGACAUAAUGAUGUCUCAUUCAAAACCAAAGCAGGGAAAGCCUGAAGGUGAAACCAGCAAGAACCAGCAGGCCUGUGGGACACAGUAGCAGCUCCAAAGGAGCCUUGGAUCAUCACCAAAGUCCACCCAUCCCCCAUUUGAGACACUGACUGUCAAGAGUUCUCUUCAAAGUUUUCCUUUCCACUGUUAAUAUUCCUGUAAUUAUUGUACAGAAAAUUCAGACAUCUGCAUAGAAGCAGCAGAUACAAUGCAAUUAACAACAGCAACACAACCAAUUAUCUGGCCUUAUUUUUAAUGCUUUGAUAAAGCUUGAUAAGUGCUUUAUUUUGCUACUGCCCUUAAAACCAACCGUGGACAGUCAAGAGCUCCACUCCUUGGGCUCAGUUCAUCACUCCAGCCUCCAGCAUUGAGGCUGCCGCAGGCAGGGCCCUAUCAUUGACUGCCAUGGCUUGCAGCUCUGUCAAUCAUGAGGGAGAAUCUCCAGGAAACCAACACAUUCACGCCAGCCCGAGCAGUCUCCCACAUAAUGUUGGUGCUGAACGUGUCUCACUGACUAGGCCUAUAUGUCCCUCCCAUUACUACAGCAACAAGGAGCCUGGUGAGGCCUAGCCUGCCACAAAUGACAUCACUCGCACUGCGAUACCUGCACUCCCAGACCAAUCAAUCAAUCACUCCCACAUCAACCAAUCAAUCCCUAGCCAAUCAAUCACUCCCAAAUCAAUCAAUUAUUCCCAGACCAAUCAAUCAAUCAAUUAAUCCUAUGUCAAUCAAACACUCCCAGACCAAUCAAUCAGUCAAUCCCUCCCACAUCAAUCAAUCAAUCACUCUACACCAAUCAAUCAAUCAAUCACACCCAAAUCAAUCAAACAUUCCUAUGUCAGGUGAUAACUCCUAAAUCGAUCAGUCAUGUUUGGGUCAGUUGAUCACUUGUACACUCUGCAGACAACCUUUGUGAGGGGGAGGUAGGAAGGUGCAAAGGGUGUAUGGGAGUGCAUGCCAAAUGGAGAGAGGUGUGUAAAUGGGAGAGGCGCGUACAAGGAAGUGUGUUUUCUCUCUGUGCCAGUUCAGGAGACACAGCACCCCUUUUGGUGGUUCUCUCCUCACUCUUGAUGCCCAGAAGCAUACUGCAGGUGAAGCUGCAAAUUCGUUGUCCCUUCUGUCAAUUUAUCAUGUUGAGUUGCCAUUCAUAAUGUGGCUCCUCUACACAGGCAGGCCUGGGUACCCAGUGGUAAUGUCACAGGCCUAGCAAGCCUGAAUCGCAGGUUAAUGCAGUUUCUGCAGACUCCGGUUUGAAUCCCACGCUGGCAGAUGGUGAACUUUGAAUUCAAUCACAAUGUGGCAUUGUCAAAGGAGCUAGACGAUUGCUGCUCUCAUGGGCAAGGCCAAUUAUUGUUAAAGGUUCUGGUAUAUUAAUGUCCUUUAGAGAAGGAAAUUUGCCGUCCCUACCUUGCUUGGCCUAAUUGUGACUCCAGUCCCACAACAACGUGGGCAAUUCUUAACUGUCCUCUGGGCAAUUAUGGAUGGACAAGAAAUGCUAGCUUUGAACAAAUCAAAUACUGAGCGUGGAGUUGCUGAUCAUGUUGCAGAGCACUUCUGAGCGUCAGCCUUCCGAGGGGCUUGUGAUUUUAAUUCUCCGUCUUGUUUAUACUCUCACCUUCCAGUCUAUGGCCAUCCACAGCUUUCCAGUGAAACUCAAGCUUGAAAAUCUGCACUUUCUCUUCCAGCUUAGCACCAUCGCAUUCAAUAGCUCUUGGUCAUAACUUUUGCUUUUAUCUUGCAGUGUUUGCUGGGCUUGUCUUUGCUUCUUUCUUAAUUUUGUCAUUCACGUUGCAUUCAAUUCGUUGCUACGUAGAUACUCAAGCCCCUUCAGGACACCAUUAUUGUUCUGGACCAUGCCCGCAUUCAUUAUCCCACUCUGGGUUGUUGCUUCAUGAGAUUGUGUGUUAGCUCUCCUUCCCUGUCACAGCUCACCCUUCAUUUCUGUCCUCACCAUAAAGAUUCAUAAACACUGAUGAAACCUGAAUCAUGAACUCUGUUUCUUUUCACAGAGGCUGCCUGGCCUGUUGAGUAUUUCUGGCAUUUCCCAGCCUCGGUUCAGAUUUCCUGCGGUUAAGCCUUGUUUUGAGUUGAGUUACAGAGGGAGCUGUGCGUAAUUAACAGCACUACAUCACCCAGUCACUCACUCCGUAUCAUUGACAUCGUUCUCCGAUUCCCUCCCAGCCUGCCAUUUUUAACUCUACUCCAGAGAUUGAGGGGGUAAAACUAUUUCACCGACUGGGCCAAACCCCCGAUACCCUCCUCACCCCUUCCCAGAAUGAUUUGGGUGCUUGAGGCAAUGGUUUUAUGAGGAAGAGGCAAACAAACCAAGCACAGCUGGAAUUUCUUUUGAGAAUUCUGUGCUGACCUGAGAGUCGGGACUAGAAACCCAGUCUUCCCUCCCACCCUUCCCCUCUGCCUUCCUCCCACCACCCCGCCGCCGGAGUGUAUCGGCUCAGGGGUAGGGUAUUCAGACUUCUGAGCCUGCUCCUAAUCCUAUUCAAUACGAUCAUUCAAUGCGAUCCCCUGUUCCUGCUUUCUCCGCAUGCACUUUGUUCCCUUUUAGAACGACAUCAACCCUUUCUUGAAAACACUCAAUGGCUUCAACCACUUUCUGAAGUAGAGAAUUCUACAGGCUCCCACUCUCUGGGUAAAGACAUUUCUCCUCACCUCAGUCCUAAAAUGGUCCAGCCGUUCUCCUUCAACUCUGAGCCCUGGUUCUGGCAUCCCUGCCAUCGGGAACGCCCUUCCAGUGUUCACCCUGUCUGGUCUUGGUAGCAUUUUCUCAGUUUGUGGAGGGUUGGCCUGUGCGACGUUAUGGUCGGUCUUUUGACUUUUUGUCUGGGGCUGGGUGGAUGCUUCACCAAUGGAGCUGCCCUUUGUGUCCCUUGUAUGUGUAACCCUGCAUGCUGACCCUUCCACCCAGCCUUUGUGAAAUAUAUACACACAUAGUCAGAGAUAUAUUAAUAUGCCAGUAAUGAUAUACUCGAGCACAUAUCAAACUCUG